AUGCAAAUUCCGCUGCCACUGAACGGCUUCUCUGCCCUUUCCGCGCUCGGCCCCGCCCCCCCCUCCACAGCUGCUGGCUUCCUACGCCGCCUGGGCUCCUCCAUCGAAGCCGCGCUGCACCUCGCCUCGGCGCCCGGCGGCCACGCGCCCGGCGCGGCGGCGCCGCCGCCGCAGCAGCAGCAGAGCAACCAGCAACAGCAGCCGAACAGGCAGCAGGCAGGGGCAAAGCGGCAGCGGGUCGCGGCGCUGGCGCUGGUGCGGGCGCUGCCUAUGUACGGGUACCAUCCGGAGGAGCGGCCCUUCAUCAAGAUUGUGCUGUGA